AUGUCCCGCGAGCGCUGCUGCUGCUGCCGCUGCGAGCGCUGGCCACCACCACUGCCGCUACGCUGCUGGGUACCACCCCUACCAGCUCCACCUCCUCCACCACCACCGCCACCUCCGCUGCUGCCUCCACCGCCUCCACCUCCGCCGCCUCCACCUCCGCCGCUGCCUCCACCACCACCGCUGGCACCACCACCACCGUCUCCGCCGCUGCUGCCACCACCACCACCACCCCCGCCACUAGUCCCGACGCCACCCCCACUCCCUCCGCCGCCACCGCCGCCACCGCCACCGCCCCCUCCAGCUCCACCCGCGCCCUUGCCCCCCUUGCCCUUGCUGGAGCGACGUCUCCCACUAGGGGCAGACGCCGCGCCGACCGAGUCAAGACCAAGCAGGUCGGCAGCAGCAGCAGAGGCAACAGAGGGCAGCAAGGGGGAAGGAGAGCACCCCUCAAAGAUGGGGCAAGACGUGCAGCAGCAUCGCGGGUGGCCCACUGAGAGCGCACAGUGGGAUCAGCAUCAGCAGCAGGAGCAGGAGAGGCGCCAGAGAAGGGCGGCUCGGCGACUCAGUGACUCGGCUGCUGGGCGGCUCGGCUCCCGGGCGGCUCGGCGGCAGGGCGGCUCGGGUGCAGGGCGGCUCAGCGCCCGGGCGGCUCGGCGGCAGGGCGGCUCGGGUGCAGGGCGGCUCGGCUCCCGGGCGGCUCUGCGGCAGGGCGGCUCGGGUGCAGGGCGGCUCGGCUCCCGGGCGGCUCGGCGGCAGGGCGGCUCGGGUGCAGGACGGGGCCGGGACAGGGGACGGCGGGGCCGUCAGGGUGCAGCGGCGGGGCCAACUGGUGCAGUGGCGGGGCCGUCAGGGUGCAGCGGCGGGGCCGUGACAGGGGACGGCGGGGCCGUCAGGGUGCAGCGGCGGGGCCGGCAGGGUGCAGCGGCGGGGCCGGGACAGGGGACGGCGGGGCCGUCAGGGUGCAGCGGCGGGGCCGACUGGUGCAGUGGCGGGGCCGUCAGGGUGCAGCGGCGGGGCCGUGACAGGGGACGGCGGGGCCGUGACAGGGGACGGCGGGGCCGUCAGGGUGCAGCGGCGGGGCCGGCAGGGUGCAGCGGCGGGGCCGGGACAGGUGACGGCGGGGCCGUCAGGGUGCAGCGGCGGGGCCGACAGGUGCAGUGGCGGGGCCGUCAGGUUGCAACGGCGGGGCCGAGAGUAGGGGACGGCGGGGCCGUCAAAAGAGGACGGCGGGGCCGUCAGGUGACGGGGCCCGCUGCAGCGACGAAGAGGCCGCGCGGCCGGCGUGAGGGCGGCGGGGCGCAGCAGAGCCGAGAGGGCGGCGCGGCGCGGCCGUAA